GUUCUUGGACCAGCAAUCGGCUAUAUACUCGGGGGAGUGCUACUUGAUGAGUAUAUAGAUUUUGACAGGGUACCUGCAAAUGAGAUAACAGUGCAGGUGGGAGACCAGAGAUAUCUCGGAGCAUGGUGGCCUGGUUUCUUGGCAACAGCUUUUCUUAUAUUGACCGGAGCAAUUGCAUUAUUUGGUUUCCCAAGAGACAUACCAGGCGCUGCCGAAAUUCGAGCGAAACGGGUAUCUGAGGCAUACGGAGAUAGUGAAACCCAUAUUGAACCAGGGUUUGGCACGAAACUAUCAGACCUGCCCAAGUCUCUAUUCAUGCUUCUGAAAAACUGGGCGUAUGUUUUGUGUACUCUCCUGACAUGCACAGAGUCUUUACUCAUUGCCGGUUUCACCGUGUAUGGUCCAAAAUAUCUUGAGAACCAGUACGCGUUGCCUUCAAGUACAUCAGCAUACAUUUUUGGUGGUCUCGCCAUACCAGGAGCUGCAGGCGGAACUAUAUUAGGUGGAUACCUCAUAAAGAAAUUCAGCAUGAAUUGCAGUGCUAUAAUAAAAAUGCAGGCAAUUGGCGCAUUUCUGUCUUUGCUUAUAACACCUCUGUUUUUUCUGGUGUGUGGAACUCCAGAUUUGGCUGGGUUGACGGUGGAGUAUGCAAACAGUACAACAACUACCGGCUACAAUGCCACGUGCAAUUCUAACUGCGCAUGUCCUUACCUGUACGACCCGGUAUGUGGCAGGGACAAUGUCUUGUACUUCUCGGCUUGCCAUGCUGGCUGCCAGGCAAAAGAAGGUCUUGAUCCAACACUAUAUUUCAACUGCAGUUGUAUAACAUCCGAGAGCCCGGGAAAUAUCGGAUAUGAUGCAACUACGGAUAUCUGUUCAGAAGACUGUACACUAUUUCUAGUGAUCUUCGCCAUACUUUGGUUUGCUAUUAUGUUCCUUACUUUCUUUGUGACAUCUACUAAUGCUACGGUUGUAGUAAGAGUGGUCCCUUCUAUGCAAAGAUCUUUCGGUAUAGGUCUGCAGUGGGUACUCCUUCGACUUUUAGGUACAAUACCUGGGCCCAUUGUAAUGGGAGCAGCGUUGGACGGGUC